CCCGGUGGCUCCACCCACUUCCUAAUAUGGUUGAAAUUACGCGAGGACUGCAAAUACAUGUUGUUAGUAGACUUUAAGACAAGAGAAUACACAUGGAGGAACGACAGCACAUGAAAGACGUCCUCAAGCUUUAUGUGGACUAUCGUAAAGACGAGCUGUACAGUUUGAGUCGGGACCUCUGGAACCGACCGGAACUGAGUGGGAAUGAGACGCAUGCGCACGACAGGCUGGUCAGUUUCUUCUCUCAGGACCAGACAUGGACGGUCGAAAGUCACUACAAGCUACCGACCGCGUUUCGGGCCCUCUGGGGUCCGGUGGGUGGCGGGGAGGGUAUGCCGGGGCUCAACGUGGGGUUCCUGUGCGAGUACGACGCGCUCCCGGGUAUCGGGCACGCGUGCGGGCACAACCUGAUCGCGGAGGUGGGAGCUGCUGCAGCCGUGGCGCUGAAGGCUGCUUUAGAGAGCCAGACUGAACUCCCUGUGCCAGUGAAGAUAACCGUUCUGGGAACCCCUUCAGAGGAGGAAGCAGGAGGAAAGAUCGACCUGAUGGAGGCUGGGGCCUUCGCUGACAUCGACCUCGUUUUCAUGGCUCACCCAGCUCAACAAGAUGCUUCAUUCCUGCCCUGUGUCGCACUCCAUGAGGUGUCAGUGAAGUACCAUGGGAAGGCAUCUCACGCUUCUGCAUACCCCUGGGAGGGAGUGAAUGCCCUGGAUGCUGCUGUGCUGGCCUAUAACAACCUCUCUGCUCUCAGACAGCAACUCAAACCAGAGUGGAGGCUUCACGGCAUCAUCAAACAUGGAGGGAUGAAGCCCAAUAUUAUCCCAGCCUACACUGAGUUAGAGUUUUAUAUACGUACGCCACUGGUGGAGGAUCUUUUGGACCUGAAGGCCAAAGCUGAGGCUUGCUUCCGGGCAGCUGCCACUGCCACCGGCUGCAAAGUGGAGAUAGUGUACCCAACCCCUGCCUACUAUAACAUUCUGCCCAAUGCCACACUGACAAACUUGUAUGAAAAUAAUGGAAAGGCUUUGGGAAUUCAGUUUCCAGAGCAGCCAGCCAACUUCUCUGGUUCCACAGACUUUGGCAACGUAUCAUUCAUAGUCCCUGGUAUCCAUCCUUUCUUCUACAUCGGCACCAAUGCAUUUAACCACACUGAGGAAUACACUGAAGCCGCAGGAGCGGAAAAGGCCCAGUUGUUCACCCUGAGGACAGCCAAAGCCCUGGCUAUGACAGCUGUGGAUGUAGUUUGCUGCCCUGCUCUGCUGAGGCAAGUGAGAGAGGACUUCAGGCUGGCCAAACUGAAGCUGCAGAAAUGACUACAGGCCUUUGCUACUUUCAUACAAUGACUUUCAUAAGUCGAAUGUGGAAAAAAAAAAAUAAUAUUGGCAAACAGCAACUCCAAGAGUUCAUGUGAUUAUCAUGUGAUAUAAACUACAUCAUGCACAGCUGUAAUUUGCAUUUAGCACUAAUGAACAAGUGUGAGCAUUCUGAACUAUGAUUUGUUAGUAUGUAGAAUAAACCAUCUCUGUGUCUACAGUAAGUCAAGUCUCACUAAUGUGGCCGAUGUAGUUUUGCUUUUAGAUGUUUGACUUGAAAUUGUUUUACUGAUGAUGAUCAUGAUAGGUAUGUUAUUUGUUGGUAGUAUGAUGUCUCGCCUUCUUUGCUGUUUUUAUAUCAAGAACCACAAUUACAAUAAACUUUGUUGCGCCACCCUGGA